AAAAAAUAAUUACCAGUCAAUUGCUAGUAGUUCGCAACUGAAUUCAAUUCGUGAUACUUUGAAAAGUGAUAAUGAAAUACUCAGUCGUAUUCGUGUUGAUUAUAUUAACAUUUAUCGGUUCAUCAGUGGAAUACAUUGCUGGUCAAAGUCAGCCAACCUGUUACGGUCGUGAUUGUCCUGUGGGUACUACAAGUUGUAAAAAACAUAUGAAAUCAUCACUCGAUAGAAAAUUACUGGAAAUAACAGUGAAUUGCCUAGAUGAUUUCAAUGGGAGCUUGAAAGAAUACUUUUUUGAAGAACUCAGCACACUGAACCCCUAUACACAUUAUGAGAGUACAUCUUAUUCUGGCACAGGAGAUAUCAGCAUUGGUGGCAAUUCUAUGAGACUAGGAAGAUAUAAUAAUGGACUAGAAGAUUUCUCUUGAUGUGAUUGGAUUCAUUUCAGUUUUUUCAGUGUCUUGAUUCAUGGUAACCUUCCUUUGUGAUCUGUGAUUAAAAAUAAAAUUAUUUAUUUUCAAA